AUGGGAUCCGCUCUGCUGCUCCACAAUCUGGACUUUCUUCUCAUCUCACUACUCAGCGGUUUCUGCCUGGCUUUCGCAGAUGAUGUGCUUACGAAAGAUGAACAGAUAGGCCUGUUGGUCAGAGCCAAACGGAAGUGUGAGGGGAACAUCAAGUCAAAGCACAAGGUUCCUGAUGGUUAUUGCUCACCAGAAUGGGACGGCAUUGUUUGUUGGCCUGAAGGGCCCCCAGGAAAGCUUGUAUCCACCUCCUGUCCAGAGUAUAUCCAUGACUUCAACCAUAAAGGACUAGCAUACCGUCGGUGUGACAACAACGGAACGUGGGAACUGGCCACAGCCAACAAGACAUGGGCCAAUUAUAACGAAUGUGCAAAAUUCCUCUACCAUUACAACCACAGCCAUGAAAAGGACGUCUUUCACCGUCUGUAUCUCAUCUACACAGUCGGGUAUUCCAUCUCUCUGGGAUCACUCAUGGUGGCUGUGGUCAUUUUGGGAUAUUUUCGACGAUUGCACUGCACCAGGAACUACAUCCACAUGCAUCUAUUUGUGUCCUACAUGCUAAGAGCUAUCAGUAUUUUUGUGAAAGAUGUUGUGCUCUACUCUGGAUCGGCCUUAGAGAACAUGGAAAGAGUCACAGUGGAAGACCUCAAGUCCAUCACUGAGGCUCCGCCAGCCAACAAAACACAGUUUAUCGGCUGCAAGGUGGUUGUGACCUUGUUCUUGUACUUUCUGGCGACCAACUACUACUGGAUCCUUGUGGAGGGUCUGUACCUCCACAGCCUCAUCUUUAUGACCUUCUUCUCAGACAGAAAGUAUUUAUGGGGAUUUACUCUGAUUGGAUGGGGAGUGCCAGCUAUGGUUGUGACAGUUUGGGCAACUAUGAGAGCCACGUUUGCAGACACAGAGUGUUGGGACUUAAGCGCAGGCAAUUUGAAAUGGAUAUAUCAAGUGCCUAUCCUGGCAGCUAUAGUGGUUAAUUUUAUGUUAUUUCUGAACAUCAUCAGAGUCUUGGCAACUAAACUACGAGAAACAAAUGCUGGAAGGUGUGACACAAGACAACAGUACAGAAAACUGUUGAAGUCCACAUUGGUGCUGAUGCCACUCUUUGGUGUUCACUACAUCAUAUUCCAUGCCAUGCCGUAUACAGAGGUGUCUGGAGUUCCGUGGCUGAUACAGAUGCACUAUGAGAUGCUUUUCAACUCUUUCCAGGGAUUCUUAGUUGCAAUUAUAUACUGCUUUUGCAAUGGGGAGGUGCAAGCUGAGAUCAAAAAGUCCUGGAGCAGGAGGACUCUGGCCCUGGACUUCAAAAGAAAAGCUCGGAGCGGCAGCAACACUUACAGCUAUGGGCCUAUGGUAUCAAACACCAGUGUUACCAAUGUCACUGCCAGAGGGCCGCUGGCCCUCCACCUCACCACAAGGCUGGGACCAGUGCCUGUGAACGGGCACAGGAACCUCCCCGGGUACGUUAAGAACGGCUCUGUCUCUGAGAACUCUAUACCCUCCUCGGGACAGGAGCUUCCCAUUCCUGAUGAGGACCAUUCGGCUCAUACACGGCCCUGCGAGAAGGAGAAACCCUCACCUGUGAUGGAGGAGGAGAGGGAGACAGUCAUGUGACCUCCAGGCCGCUGUGUUUAGGGAUGAAAACUGAAAACAAAACCAAUCAUGAAACAGUCUCAGGGCGGUCUGAAGGGAACGGCUGCAUGCAUUAACACUGCCAGUUUUUUCUCCUGUGAAUCAAGCAAGAACAUUGCCGACAGAUGAGGCUCACGGCAAAAGGGUGUAUCACUUUUGUGAGCUGGGCCACCUUUAUUUGAGAGAUGAUGACCCUCAUUGGAGUGGCAAAACACUCUCUUUCACCAACCACCUGCCACAGUGAAUGUGUAAAAGGAUAAAAACAGACUGCCGUUUCUUAUUUCUUUUCCACUGCCAUAACUGUUAUCUUGUUUUCUGUUUGCUUUU